AGCCAGGCCCUUUUUUCCUUCUUUCCCUGAGAGGGGAAUCCAUCCAUUUAUUGCAGAGGAAUUCCAGAGCUCAUUUAUUCCAGAAGAAUAAAUCCAUCCUAACAAUUUUUUUUUUUCAUGUGGAAAUCUUAGUGCAAAGGUACCCGUUGAGAGGGUCGCACAGCAAAUAAAACACAAACUGCAACUUGCAGACCUGCUGUGAAAACAAAGGUGUUCCUUUGAUUCACGUCCUGACAUCCCGGCAUGUGAAAGGAAUACAAAUGUGGCUUUGUAUUCCCGGCACUGCUACUCUGUGUUCCUCUGUGGUAUGGAGAGGGUGGGUGAGAAACCUGAGUGGUCCUUGCUCCCAAAUGGACCGGCACAGCCUGAGAAGAUGCUGGGGAUGAGGAGAGCCUGAUUAUUGCCAUCCCUGCACCAGCAGCGUGAGGAAGCAUCCUGGGAGCUGCCUGCCCGAGGCUCCCAGCAGCUGAUCACAUGAGCCUGCAUGCUCAGCUCUCUUCAUUAGUCAGCCAUUUUGGUCAACACCCUGCUCACUGCGCACAGCCAAUCCUGGCAGCACUGGCUGCCCUGGCUCGCCUGGGAAGAAAGGGACCAGCACUUGGAUUUCAGAAGACCUGGAUAUCUCUCUCUGCAGUCUUCCUCUCUUUUUGCUUGGGUAAUCAUCAGAGGAAGCUGUUCUUUUUAUUCCUUCUGCUUUUUUUUUAGUUAUAUUUUUUUUAUAAAAAGAUUUUUGCCUUUUUUUUACUUUGCCUCCUGUCUUGGAUGCAGAAGCCAGGUUUUCUGUGGUUGCUUAGGAUCAAUAGCCUCUAGCCCAGCUGAAGACAACAACAACUGUUGGUGGAAAGGAAGGGAGGAAGAGACGAGCGUGAAGGAGCAGCGUUUCUACCUUGCUUGAUAUAUGAAAAGGCCAGAGCAGUCUGGGCUAUCCUGAACAUACCAGCGAGAUAUUUCUGAUUUUCUUCUUCAGAAAGCUUUUCUUUUUACUUCUUUUUUUUUUUUUUACCCCCUUACCCCCCCGUUGUUGUUGUACCAGCUGAGUCAUCAUGUCGGCUCUGACGCCUCAAAGCGACAUGCCAACCCCCACCACAGACAAGAUCACUCAGGCUGCCAUGGAGACCAUCUAUCUUUGCAAAUUCCGAGUGUCGAUGGAUGGAGAAUGGCUCUGCUUGCGCGAGCUGGACGACAUCUCACUGACACCCGACCCAGAGCCAACCCAUGAAGACUCUUGGGAGGAUUUGACAGAUGUGGUGGAGCAAUUGCGUGAUGAUACUGAAGACCCUGAUUAUCUCAUGGCUAAUGAACGCAUGAACCUGAUGAACAUGGCGAAACUGAGUAUCAAGGGGUUGAUCGAAUCAGCACUCAAUCUGGGCAGGACGCUGGACUCUGACUAUGCACCUCUUCAGCAGUUCUUCGUUGUGAUGGAACAUUGCCUUAAGCAUGGCUUGAAAGCCAAAAAGACUUUUCUUGGACAAAACAAGUCAUUUUGGGGACCUCUAGAACUAGUAGAAAAACUUGUUCCUGAAGCUGCAGAAAUCACAGCAAGUGUUAAGGAUCUCCCAGGGCUGAAGACACCUGUGGGGAGAGGAAGAGCGUGGCUGCGCCUGGCUCUAAUGCAGAAGAAACUUUCAGAGUACAUGAAAGCCUUGAUUAACAGAAAGGAUCUUCUCAGUGAAUUUUAUGAGCCCAAUGCACUGAUGAUGGAAGAAGAAGGUGCCAUCAUUGCUGGCCUUCUAGUAGGUCUGAAUGUCAUCGAUGCUAACUUCUGCAUGAAAGGAGAAGACCUGGACUCACAGGUUGGAGUUAUUGAUUUCUCAAUGUAUUUGAAAGAUGGAAACAGCACAAAGGGCAAUGAAGGAGAUGGUCAGAUAACUGCAAUUUUGGACCAGAAAAACUAUGUAGAAGAACUCAAUAGACACUUAAGUGCUACAGUAAACAACCUACAGGCCAAGGUGGAUGCUUUAGAAAAAUCCAACACUAAACUGACUGAGGAGCUUGCCGUUGCCAACAACAGGAUUAUUACACUGCAAGAAGAGAUGGAACGGGUCAAAGAAGAAGGUUCAUACCUCUUAGAGUCCAAUCGUAAGGUCGCUAAAGACAGAACUGCUGAUGGACAUGCACUGACUGAGGCACGAAAACAGUUAAAGGAGGAGACUCAGCUGCGGCUGGAUGUGGAGAAAGAGCUGGAGGUGCAGAUUGGGAUGCGACAGGAGAUGGAGCUGGCCAUGAAGAUGCUGGAGAAGGAUGUUUGUGAGAAGCAAGAUACGCUGGUGGCACUCAGACAGCAACUGGAUGAUCUUAGGGCCCUAAAGCAUGAACUGUCCUUCAAGCUGCAGAGUUCAGACAUGGGAGCGAAACAGAAGAGUGAAUUAAACAGUCGUUUGGAAGAAAAAACAAAUCAGAUGGCUGCCACCAUCAAACAGCUGGAACAAAGAUUGCGGCAGGCAGAGAAGGACCGUCAGCUGGCCCAGCAGGACAACCGGCUCUUCAAGCAGGAGUUUGGGGACAAAAUCAACAGCCUCCAGCUCGAGGUGGAAGAGCUCUCCAGGCAGCGGAGCCAACUUGAACUAGAGCUGAAGAGGGAAAGGGACAGAUGGUCACACAGUCACCACCUCAGCCAGCAACACAAAAAAGGUGCAAAGAACUGGCUAAAACAGGAUGGGAAGCUCAAGAGCCAGGAUGAAAAGCCACUAAGAGAGGAGAACAGUGUCCUGCCACACAAGUUCCUAAGGGGCACCCAGGAAGAGCAGGAACAUCUGCCAGGACGUGGACAUGCUGAGAUCUGCCAGCUCUGCCAGGAAGAAAGUAGCAGAAGCAAGAAAAAGAACAUCUGCAAGAACUGUGGUGGCACCUUCUGUGAAGCCUGUUCAGCAAAUGAGCUGCCCCUCCCGUCCAGCAUUAACCCUGAGCGUGUCUGCAAUCCGUGUCAUGAGCAGCUCAUCCAGCAGUAUUCCUUCAGCCCCUUGUAGGGGAUGGCUGGAAGAGGGAGUUGACCAAAAAUGCUUGUAGCUGAUGAUGGUUUCUGGAGUUGCUUUGGGGGGAAUGUGAAGAGAAGACACUUGCCUGUUUUCUUUGGGGAAGCAGCUUCAUGGUGUUUUACAGUCUCUAGAGACUAAAACAAGUCAGAGCCUUCCCUGUACAAAAAUCUGCCUGUUCUCAGCCCUGAGCUGGGGAGAAUGAUUUGACAAUGUCACAUGGUUAUCUCCAAGGUGUGCCCAGCAGCCUGGGGGUGCAGAGAGAACAGAGCCCUCCCCAAAACAGAUCUGAGUGUGUGUGUGUGUGUGUGUGUAUGUGUGUGUGCAAGGCAGGAGCAGCCUCAUCCUAGGCCGUGUGGUGGGGACAGGUGCUGCUGCCCAGCAGGGGCUCACUCACAGCAGAGCCUUCUUCAUCCUCUUCUCUGGCUGCACUUCAAAUACCCCUUUCCUGGUUGCCUUUGACAAUCUGGCUCAACCGUGCUGCUCCAGUGCCAGGUGUCAGAGGGCCAGGGAAGAGGCCAGUAAACACUUCCUAGCUUUAUUUCUUUGGCUCAGCCCUCUGGCCAUGGGCUGGCUAUGCAAAUGAGUGCAUACAUAUAGCAAGCUGUGAAAGCUUUCCUGUAUAUUUAGGGGCUGGGGGUGUAAGUGGUUUUGAGGCGUGCACUAUGUUAGAACUGACACCUUGCACUGAUCUGGCAUGGACGUGCCUUAAGGCAUCUCUGACCUUCCUCUCGGAGCCCCUCACUGUGACUUGGUGACUACAAAAUGGUCGUCAAAGCUAAGGAUGUAACUGUACCACCUGUCUUGGUGUGACAGCUGGAGAAAUUGGUUUCCCCAGUAUUGACCAAAUCCUCAUCAUGACACAGAGGAUUUAGGGCCACUUUGAUCCACCUCCCUCCCUUGUGCACAUGAAAAAUGUAAUAAAUCUGGCAUUUCAUUUAUUUUGUUAGAGCAAAAUGAAGGUGAGAAGAAACAGGAAUGCUUUUCACCUACUAGGAAUGCUAAUUUGAAACAGUUUAUAGAGGUUUGUUUCCUAGUUCACAUCAUUCUUUGUUGCUGUUACCUCCGGAAAGCAGGGGUGGCUUCUUCAUGAAGCACGUAGUGUAUCAUAGGUCUGGUUUAUACUGGAAGCUUACUUCAGUCUUUAAGACCACAGAAUGUUUUGUAGCCCACAGAAAACUUAGUGUAUUUGUAUGUGACAAAUCCAUUUGGUUUUGUACAAAUCUUACUAGGAGUUAGUGGUUUAAUUCCCUGGAGGGGAUUUUCUGUUCCAUCAGACUGGCUGGAAGGGCAUUAAGAAGCGUGGCGGAGCUGAGGUUAUUUAGAUGGUUGGUGCUAGUUUGUGCCAGGAAUUACUCUUGUAGAUCCCUCUAGGCAUGUUAAAACCACCUGAGUUCUCCACCUCUUAGUGCCCUUCAGAGCCACCACACUUCCUAGGGGGGCAACUUUGAAGAGAUUUUCUGUCUCUGCUCUUUUUUUCCCCCCUUCAUGGUGGUUACCAGGUAAAUGUCCUUGCUGCUGUCUCUUGAAGUAGAUCAGUAGUUAAGUUGUGAACAGAGUUGAAAUGCAAAAGGCCCAGAACUCCAGUGUGGGCAGUGUUCUGCAGGGCAGAGGCACUGGUGGAGGUGGAUGAUGCAGGGUGAGCAGUUGUGUGUACACAUUGACCAGGAUUCAACUUCCUGCAUCCAAACCUAGAGUGACUCAUCCCCCAAGCAAUUUCCAUCUUGGAGGAUUAAACUGGAACCUGGGCACUUAGUGUAAAUAGUUAAUGCUGGGCUAUCCAGCCUUUUGCAGCUGGUAAGUGACAGCUUCUUUGUGACCUGUCCCUAGCUUCCCACUGUCCUGGCAGGAGCAGCUGCUCCAAGUGAAGGCUGUGCCUGUUCACGUGACAGAGGACAGCUCCUGAACUGGUCCUCUGAAGUGACAUGAGAUCUCUCUGAUGGAGCAGGGAGGUGGCUGAAAACCCUUGGAAUCCAGCUCUGGAAGCUGGCAUUUGGAAAGGUCAGAGCAGGACUGUGCUUGCUGCCAGCUGCAUCAGCCCUUGCCCCUUUCCUGCUGUCUCAGGCUCUAGUGACUGCCUGCAAGUUGUGGUUGUUGCACUUGGUGAUGCUGCAGGUGUUGCAGGCACGUUUGCUCAGGUACUACUUGGAAUGCUGGUGUGUGGGCUGACACCUGGAUGCUUGGACUGGGGGGAGGAGCAGAGGGUGGUUUUCUGAUGGUGAUUGUUUCAUGCAAUAAAAGAACCCCCUUGUUCAUGUGUAUCCCA